UUUAGUCCAGUUCCGCUGAACUACUUACUGUAGCUGCAAUUUCGUACAGUACGUUAAGGCACCCUAUCUCCGGGUUGCUGUCUUGAGUACUGCAAAUGACAUUGCAGAAUUCCAGCCGAAGCCUUCUUUUUCGUCGCCAAAAGUUUGAAGUUUUCGAACUACUCUAGUCUAAAAACCCAGGUUUGUUAUCAUUUUUCUGUGUUGCAAGUUAGGCUUUGAAGUCGUUACAGGAUUUGUUUGCGCUGGAUAUUGGCCAGAACAACCUUUAUCGUGUGGAAGGGUAUGCAACUUGUUAUGGAUUCGAAUGACUCUGCGACACAGUCGUCUUCCCGAUUCGGAAAUACGACUUCCGAUGUUCUGCUCUCUGCAUUAUUCAGCAAAAUUUGUGACAUUUUCGCAAAGGCCCACACCGCAGCGGAUCUGCAGAAUCUUCGAAAGCUCUUGAGCGACAUCACUUAUGAGAUAACCAAAUACGGGACCUUGUCGUUACUGGCGGACAUAUGGAAGCCCAAAUUGCACAGAUUCUCAAACGAAAUCCUUCCUCGCGUACAGGUUGCCCCAACUGUUGCCAUCCAUAUUCAGGAUGUGGAGAAUGAUGUUGCUAACUUGAUCGAUGUGCUGACAGAGUCGUUAACGGAUGCUAACGGCGUGAAAGACGUUCAGAUCAACCUGCCGUGGCAUUUGGAGUUCGCCGUGUUGUGUACCAAAGUGCCAGCACUGCCGCGAGUGCGUGCGUUUGGCUACAGGAAAAUAGGACGGCUGCGGAAUGGCUUAGAAAUUUCUCCGGAAAAUUUAUCGCUGUUUUUGCCGAUUACCAGUACAUCAGCGGAAGGGUUUCGGGAAGAUGAGUCGUAUGUCGCCGUCGCUGCGGAGACGUCCAUCUUGCAGAUCUGCCAGCAUUUUCAUAUUACGAAUAUUCUUCGGCCAAAUUUUCACUUUGCUGCCAGAAUUGUUGAUAUCGUCGAUAAACCUACCCGCGGUGGCAGCAGAGAUGUUGUGAAUUUUCGAAUUUUUGAUUUCUUGGACAAACUAUUGAUACAAAGCGCUGACAAUUUGCCAUAUGUUGUUCAACUCGGUUUGAUGGAACAUUUAUACAAAACAUUCCGUAAUAUGGAUUUGUUGGUAUUGGCCAACGCAUCUGAAAUAAUGUGCCAGUUUGCUCAGCAUUCAACCGGCCUGCAGUUACUGGAAGAAUCUGGGGGCAUGGACUUAGCGGAAAACACGAUAAUGUCGAAGAAGAACGAGAGGGAAUUUGAGUAUUUUGGUCCGUAUCUCAUGCGCAUGUACAUUACGUUGGCUCGAAAGUUUCCCGAGUACUGCAUUUUGAAAUGCGAGAAGGUUAUCCUUUUGGCUGGACAAUUGGUGUUUGACAGGACUGAUCAUUCCGCUGCAGCUGCACUUGAAUUUUUUGGUCAGCUGGCAAGCUGCAGUGUGGCGGGAAAACGGUAUCUGCACAAUCUGAUACUUUCGACAGGCGAACGCCUGAUAGACAAAUUGUUAAAACUGUUGGGAAGACGUGUCACAAGUACAUCCGGGAAAGAUUCUGUGACGGAUAACAGUAUUCAUGUUCUGGAAUUAUUCGUGAAACGAAUCGAGGGUUUAGAACCACCGACAGAUUCGGAGCUCCAGGUUAUCAGUUCGCUGUGGUUCGAGUCCAUGGGUGACAAAGUUCUGAUGGCGCUUUUCCAGAAAGCCUGUAAUCCGUUCAAGGAUGUAAAAUUGCCCGUGUUGAUGGUGUUCCGUGCGAUGGCUGAUCAAAAAUGGGCACAAAUAAAAUUUCGAGAGGAACCUGGUUUAAUUGAAUACUUACUGAACCGGCAAGCAGAAGUGGACACCGAUAUCAAACAGUUGAAGUUUGACGUUAUUGAGUCGAUGGUGAAAUCGAACAGUCUGACGGAAGUUUUCGACAGUGUUACUGUAGUUCGUUUGAAAGAAUACGUGAGGGAUGGACCGUUUUAUAUGCAAGGGCAGUAUCAGGUCGCAUUUGAAGGUGGCGCUUGAAGAAGAAAUGUCUGUGCUUUUACUGAUCCGAAUUCCGAACUGUCCCGGGCUUUUGGUUUUGAUAUUUCGUGCGAGUUACAAGAAACAAGAGUUUUGAAAUAAA